CUUGAACAUAAAUUGAAGUGGACUUUCAAGGUUUAUGACAGAGAUGGGAAUGGCUGCAUAGACAAAACGGAGCUCCUAGAGAUAGUUGAGUCCAUCUACAACCUUAAGAAAGUCUGCCGCCAAGGUCAAGAUGAUCGAUUUCCCCUACUAUCCCCAGAAGAAGUGGUAGACCGGAUAUUCCAGUUGGUGGAUGAGAAUGGAGAUGGCCAGCUAUCUCUGGAUGAGUUUAUAGAUGGUGCUCGCAAAGACAAGUGGGUGAUGAAAAUGCUCCAGAUGGAUGUCAGUCCAGGUAGCUGGAUCAACGAGCAAAGAAGGAAGAGUGCUUUGUUUUAA